GUAUGGAGACUAUUUACUGAAGGCAAAUGCUCUGAAAUAGUUGAUGCAAUAAUAACAGACUCACUCCAUUUAUCUGAAGCUCUAAGAUCAAUUCAUGUGGGACUACUGUGUGUCCAACUAUGUCCAGACGAUAGGCCAAACAUGUCAUCUGUGGUUCUGAUGCUGAGCAGUGAAUCUGCACUGCCUCAGCCAAAUAUGCCUGGAUUCUUUACUAGUAAAAGUAUGGUUGGCGAUAGUUCUUCAUCAAGCAGUUAUAAACAAUACACAAAUAAUGGCAUGACACUUAGCGUAAUGUCUGCUAGAUAG